UUCAGAAGUAAAGGUUGAAGUGGGAAAUGUUUAAACUUUAUGGCUUACAUUUUAAGCACGAAGGAAUAAGAAGUGAGGCGUGGUAAAAUGUCAAAGAACAAGAAAGAUGAAACGACGCUUGAGUUGGAUGACAUCUUAAGUGAAUCCAUAACAAACUCGAAUAGGCUUGCCGCAUUCUUGCAGCGCAACGCAGCCCAAAAGCCCAGGCCCAACCUCGUCUUUGGGAAGUUCUCCUAUGACCUGGACUUUGAUGUUCCGCUCACAAAGAAGCCUCAAAAAGGCACGCAGGAUAACCAAUUGAGACCCAAUGCGAGCAGCAUUGUUGCAGCAGCGUCUGAGCCCCCCGCCUCGGACGAGCCACAGUCGCCUCCCAACUUGGUAUCGCAUGAGAAUGUGCCACGGCGUUCAGCCAGACAUUUGCCUUCACCCACCCAUCGGCGUCUUCCCGCACUUGGUGGCACUGGCGGCCAUGUUCCUGUCUCUGAUAUGCUGCGUCGUCUUGCUAUUCAGAGGCACUCGCGGAGCUACGGGCCUCGUCAACUCUUGCAGGACUUUAAUGGUGUAGCUAAUCUAACAUGGAGCUCCUCGAGCUCCUUUCCCUUUGUGCCAGAAAUAAGCAGCACUCGAAACUGCCCGGACGAAAUUCCUGAGAAUCAACCAGCGUCACAGACACAGCCACAGCCAGUGUCGGAGCCACAGCCGAUGGAUGGACCGAUGAACCCUGGUCUGGGUGGGCAACGGCUUCCUUUGUUUGAAAAUAUUAUGCUGCGGAUGAGCCAAAGUGCGGGAGUACGAUCCUCGCUGCCAGGAUCACGUCCAUUGACUCCCUCUGAGAGUAAUCGAACCUAUACGAGCGGGGAGAGACCAAUGACUGAGAAUCUGCAGCAAUCACGAUCGUCGCCUAAUACUUCACCCUCGAAAUAUCCAUUGCUGCGGGAAUCGGCACCGGUGGAGGAUUGUGUUGUACCGGGAUCACAGUCCCAGCAAUCUCAGCAGUCCCAGCAGCCAGCCGAAAUUGUGCAAAAUCUAUCGAGGAGUGGCAACGUGCUAGUUAUACCAAUGGGUGUGGCCUCUGGUACCAAGCCAAAAGCAGCAGAGGCUUUGCCGCAACCACAUUCGCCGGCUCCCAAAUCAUCAAAGUCGAAGACAGUUUCCCAUAGCAAAACACUUCAGGUUGUUGAGGACUUGGACGCAAUCAUGACCCACGAUGAAUGCGACGAACAGCCAAGCCAAGAACAAGGGUGUGCUGCGCCGGUCGGUGGUAACACUAACAGGCAGACUCGAAGACGCACGCGAAACAAUCGAAAUCCCAUCGAAAGCAAUGACCAGGAAAGUUCCAUCCAACUGCUUAACCUUCACCGCUCCAAUGCAUCAAGCAAGACGAAUCGCAAGGGAGCCAAUGCUUCCAUCUUGAAUAAGGUGCCCUGUACCGCAAUCAAUGACAAGGCGUUUGCCAAGGAGCUGGAACGGAUGAGCUACCAUGAGAUUAUUGACUUGCGUAAGAGAAACUCCCUCGGCUUGGUUUAUCCGCUGAAUGGGAAAAGGGAGAAUAGUGCAGAGCAGCAAAAGGCUCUGGAGCAGCAAAUUCAGUGUGAGCUACUGCAAAGGAAUGUGAAAAUUGAAAUGGAAACAGAAACAGAAACUGAAUCAUUGUCCAGAUCUGUAUCUGCAGAGCGCGAAGAAAUGGAUUAUAGGGAGGAGGUUAUGGCUAUGCCUCCGCCUGUACCCUUCGCCUUCAAAGACAAUUCCCAAAGACACCGCCGCGGUCGAGAGGCUCCAAUGACAGCAGAGCUGGUCAACUACGCGGAGCUCUCAAAAACCACUGAGUUACGUCGAAAACCAUCAGGAAAACGCAGCCUUUGCACCAAGGGUGGCGAUGUCGACUCGGUGUCGCAGGAGAAGCAGCCAAGGCUGCGUCCCACCCGGCUAGGGCCUACUCUUGGUGUGCGGGAUUUCAAUGGGAUCAGGGCAACCCCGCAGGAUUCGAGCGAUGAAGACACUCCCCUCUGCCAUUUGAAGGAGCAGAAUAAUAAUUUAAACGAAAUUGCUUCCCCUCUACCAGAGUUUAAUGACAAUAAUGAUAAUGAAGUGGAUGGGGCAGAUUGCUCUUCCUCGGGGUAUGCCCAACAUCGACAUUCCAAAUCUCCACUUCCUCCAGUGGAAAAAUCAAAGGCAAAAAGGGAGCUGGAAAACUUAAAGAUCUCUUACAUACAUGACGAGGUGGAAGUGGACUUCAAUGAGACUGGCAAUCGGCGGUCAAAGCGUGGUCAGGUACCACUGAAAAACCUUUUUUGCCAUAGCAUGGAUCCCAUGAAGUUUGAAUGGUUUCGCAAAACGGUGGAUCCAUAUGAUAGGAAAGAAGCCAAACCGUCGUUGAAGCCACGACGGCCAAAAAAAAGGCAAGAUUCAGCAGCGGCUGCCGUAAUGCCUCUAACUCAUGCCAUGGAAACACAAACUGAAACUGAGCCGCAACCCGAUUCCGAUCCCGAUCCAAUACCACCAAUAAGGACACCAAGUCCCAGCAUUUCAGAUGACCACCAGGCUGCUUACAUGCAACUCAUGAGCUGGCUGCGAGGCCACAGUAGCAAUCCGCCAAGCUUCAAUAUGGAAGACUGCAGCGGGAGCCGGGUAGGAAAUACAGUCUCUCUUGCUAGUGAAUUAGAUUUCACCAACUAUGAUGGCAUUGAGUAUGCUUUCUACAAAACCAAGGAGAAGGGGAUACUGGGGUACAUGCGCUUCCAGCCGCUGCAGACUUGUAGAAAGAAACUUGCUAAGAGCGUUUCCCUGAAUUUUGUUGUUCUCUAUGGACAAUUUGCCUUGAAUUGCACUGUCCCGGAUGUGGCGGAACGUGAUCGCCGCAUAUUAAAUGUCGGUGACAUGGCUGAGAUCGAGAUCGGCACCCGUUUUGGUUUUUCAAAUUUAUUGAACGAAGUGAGUGUGCUGAUGUUUAUCCGCCAUAUCACACAAUAGAAAUAUAUUUUGUAAUAAAUAUAAUGUUAAUAAUGCGACUGUUGUUACCUAGUUCGACUAGAUUGACGCAUGUUAAUUGCCUUGGGAAUAUCUGCAACUGUUUAUUUUCAUAGAAAUAUAUCUUGUAAUAUAAUAAUGUUAAUAAUGCGAUUGUGUUAUCUAGUUCGAUAAACAUAAAAAUAUACUAUAUAAUAAUGUUGUCAUGCGCAUGUGUUAUUAAUGUCUGAAGCAAAUACGGGCGACUCUGUCCA